UGAGUGAGGCGGCGGUACCGCGCGCCGGUCGUGACGCCUCUGCAAGAACUUGUCUGGGUGUUGCUGCUCCUCUUCUCAGCGCAGUAGCCGCUUAACAUGGAAGUGAAGUUCGCUCCCUUAAGAGCUUGGGACGAUUUCAUAUUUGGCUCCACGCGUUUCGCCCAGCCAGAUUUUCGAGAUUUAGCUAAAUGGAACAAUCGCGUCGUCAGCAAUUUGCUGUUUUAUCAGACCAAUUACUUCGUUGUGGCUGUCUGUGUCUUCCUACUUAUCGGGUUUAUGAAUCCAUUGGAAAUCAUCCUAGGAGGAGCAGUGGUAACAGUGAUUUUCAUGGGCUCUGUGUGGGCCUCAGAAAAUAAGGCAACAAUCGGUAACUUCAAGCGCCAGCACCCAACUUUCUUUGUUUUGGCCAUUCUAAUGAUGAGCUACUUUUUCAUUUCCAUAAUCGGGGGUGUGAUGGUUUUCUUGCUUGGAAUCACACUACCACUAUUUUUAAUAUUCGUGCAUUCCUCUCUACGGCUUCGGAACCUUCAGAAUAAGUUUGAGAACAAGAUGGAAGAGAUCGGACUUAAGAAAACUCCCAUGGGAAUCUUACUGAAUGCGCUUGGUCAGGAACAGGAGCAGAUCUCUAAAAUUGCUGAUAUUUUGUCAGCACAAGGCAAACACUAACAAGGUUCUGACUAAUUUAGCACCUUUAGUAUGUGUUGUGUUGUAUUCCUGGAGUAAGAUUUUUUUGAAGAGCCUUAAGCUGGUAUUGUUCAUUUUCAAGUAUUCCAAGCUUUAACAAGCUGAUAUUAAUGCUGUUGCAAAGUACAACCGAAAAUUUUUUUUUUGCAAGUUACAAUGUAUUGUGGAAAAUUAACUGCUUGAUACAGUGACAGUAUGCCAUUUUGUCUUUGUGUACCUUAGAACAGUUCUUGUCUGAAUCCCAGAUGACAGGGUAACCUAACAAUUUAUCUGGAUGAUACAUAAUCUUGCACUUUCUUUAUUACUUGUAUUUAUUUAAUUGGUUAAGGCCUGAUUUAGGAUGGAGGGAUAUUAUCUUAAUUAUUUAGAUUCCCAUGAGUAAAAGAACCAGAAUGUAUAGAUUUAAUGGUGUAGGGUUAUGUAGAGGCACAUUGACAUUUUCACAAUUGAAGUUCUCAAUCCCAGCUUCAAAUGGAUCAAGUUGCACAUCCCUCCUGUGUGAUGUGAUCUUGUUUGCAAUUUGAAAAUGUAUAUAAUAUACUUUUAAAAAAAAAAUCAUAUUUGGGGAGUUGGAACGAUCAGUUUAUCCUUUUUACUCCACUUAAUAUGGUCUGCAACUUUGGGUGAUAGAAAUUAAUACCGUAUAAAACUGAACUUGAGUAAAACACAGAGCAAACAUCAGUUUUCAUAUAUGAACUAUGGAUGUAAAGAGAACAUGUGUAAGGAAGUCAUGCCAUCAGAACGUGAAAGGUAUACAAUCAUCAUUUAGUAUCCAAAUCAAUUUUUACAAAACCUCUUAGUCAUGGAAAAUGAGUUUCAACAAAUUGGUAUCUUUGAAAAAAAAUUGGCUUUUGACAAAACUGCAAUUGUAAUGCUUUGUUUUAGAAAAGCUGUUAAAUGUGAAGUAUGAGCUCAUGACAAAGAAUUUGUUGUAUAAAGUGUUACUAAUGUGUUUCAAUUUUCAGGUCCAAAGAUAUGCAACAUAUCUUGCAUGCAAUAAAGCUACUUUAAAUUACUGUUGUGUCGAAUAUGAACUAUUUUAAACCUUUUAUUGACACUGUCUGAAGAUAUCCUGGUUAAAUAGACCUUUACUCCUAUUUUUGUUUUGCAAUGCAAGAAUAAGGCAGCCACUUGCAUCUCUUACAAUUCUUCAGUAAUAUUGUACACAAUGCAGGUGCAACACGAGGUCUUUGUAUGACAGAACCACCUCAGCUUUGAAGACAAGACUAGAUGUUUUCUUUGUAUUUUCCCUGCCAGUUUAGUGAGAAAACCAAAACUGAUCUUAUUUAACAGUUGUGGUGUAUCUGCUUGGUGCAUUUCCUAGUACUUUAAAUCUCCAGGAAAAGCAGUUUCUGAAAAAUGACUUUUGAUCAUGGAUUCAUUUCCAUUAUUGGGAACUACAGUAAUCGUAACAGAAAGGAGGGAAGAUGCCAAGAAGGGUCAGUGUUGUAU